UUCUGAGCAUGAGUUUCUUAGUAGAAAAGUCUGGGAGAAUGGGUCUCCCUGUAGUUUUCACUUUGUAGAGAGAGAAACGCCAUUCUUGUACUCCUUCCUGCUGUUUGUUAGGGUUUUAAAUGAACAUGGUUGUUGGUUCAUCAUCUUCUUCUGAUAAUCAACGAGAAGAUAGAAUUAUUGUACCGGGUUUAGAACAUGUGAAAGUAUAUAUAACGACUAAGAAGGAGAGCAAAUGCGAUGAUGAUAACAACAUACUACAUGUCGAAGAUCCAGCUUCUAUUUAUCAUAGGAUUGAAGAAGAAAAACAACAACCUCCCUAUAUUAUUGUAGUCCAUGGACCUCCCAAGGUAAUGAAAAUUGGGUUUAGUCUCUCACUGCGUUUGCUGAUUGAAAGAUGAAACUGCAAUUGUUUUCAAUUUUCUCCGAUGUAGGUUGGGAAAUCCUCGUUGAUUAAAUCUCUAUUUAAUUAUUACUCUAACUGCUUUGGAGCUGUCGUCCGAGGCCCCCCAGAUGACUAUACGGUCUUGUUAGGUAUAGCUGUUAUAUUAUAUGCGCUCGCUUGUGGUACAGUUUGUGGAGUGUCCAAAUAAUGUUAGUGGCAUGAUUGAUGCUGCAAAGUACGCUGAUGCAGUGAUAUUUGUGAUUGAUGCAAAAUUUGGGGUUUGAAAUGGUACCGGAUGCAUGAAAUUAGCGAACUAGCAAGCUUCAUAUCAGUUAUGGAUUUUCACCCUUUGUCAUGGCGAGCUGCCCAUCCUUAUGUUCUGGUAAAAUGUUUUGAAGAUGUUACUGCUCUAGAAAGAGUGGACAAGGAUGAAAAAUGCGAUAGAGACAUAAUUCUGUGUGGUUACCUUCGAGGUUGUGAUAUCAAUAAAGGAACUAAGGUUCACAUCGCUGGUGUUGGUGAUUUCCCUCUAUACGGGGUAACAAGCUUACGGGAUCCUUUCCCUUUACGGUGUACUCACAAAAAGAAGAGAUUUCGAGGCAAGGAAAUAUUCAAGACAGGGUCUUACCUGAAAUUGGAGGUCCGAGACGUUCCCUUUGAGAUGGUUAAAAGUUUUGAUCGAUCUCAUCCUAUUCUUGUUGGAGGUAUCGGGUCUGAAGAAGAAUAUGCUGGAUAUGUUCAGGUGACACUUAAGCGCCAUAGUUGGCAUAAGAAACUGUUGAAAACCAGAGAUAUUAUCAUUGUUUCAAUUGGUUGGAAGCGGUACCAGACAAGCCCUAUAUAUGCCAUGGAAGACAGCCAUGGAAGACUUCAAAUGCUUGAUGACACCCCCGAAGACAUGGAGUGUCGUGCAAUAUUUUGGGGCCCUCGUGCCCCUCCCAAUACUGAAGUUGUCGUUGUUCAGAGUUUGGCAGAUCACAAGGCAGCGUUUCGGAUUUUAGCAACUGCUGUUGUACUUGAUUGUAACCAUGCCGCGAAGAUACUCAAGAAAUGCAAGCGGGUCGGAACUCCUCUCAAGAUCAUCAAUAUGACUGCUUUUAUUAAGGGCAUGUUUACAUCAGAUCUUGUAAUUGAUAGGUUUAAAAAUCAAAGAAUCCUGACUAACAGUGGUAUUCUGGGGAAAAUCAAAAAGGCUGCAGAUAAAGAGCUUGUUGAUGGACUGAAACUGAAGGAAGGUCUGUCUAGAGAAGGGAUCACCGAGUGUACAUUUAAGGACAACAUUCAUAUGAGUGAUAUCGUUAUCCUGCAUGUGUGGAGACAAGAAGAGGUUUCUCAGUUUUUCAAUCCAUUAAUGACCGCGUUGGAUCCAACUCCAAGCGACCGUAUUUGGGAACAUAGUAUUUUGCAAUGCGCAGAACCUGUAGAUGUGUUGCCUGUUAGCAAGGACUUAGUAAACAAGCAGGAGGAAAUUGAGGAAAAUAUGACCAAGAAUCAGCAGAUUAAAGAGUUACUGAAGAAGUUAGAAGAGAAAAAGAAAGCGAAGGCACUUAAAGAAUAUCCUGUAGGGUCCCGUCGAACACUUGAACAACGACGUCGUGUGAUCUUUGUUGAGGGGGAGCCUAGAGUCCGAACUUUUCCUAAGGUCAGACGGAAGUGUUCUCAAGUUAGUUCGGAUUUUUGAGAAAGAAAGAAUCUGAACUCUCACACAAUGGGAAAAGUGGGGAGCGUCUGAAUUUCCUUCAGAAGAAGGUAAGUUACUGCAAUUUGAUAUUUCCACUAUAAAAAAGAAGGCUUCUAAGGACGGCCAGUUUUGAAAAAACCGUCCCUAAAGAAGGAUAUUUGGGACGGUGAUGGCCUGACCGUCCCUAAUAGUCAUAAAAUAUUUAAAUCAAGGCUAAAAUAUGUCCGUCCCAAAAAGAAAACAUGGCCAAAUAGUAUUAGUGACGGUGGAACAGGGGACGGUACAUAAACCGUCCCUAAUACCUCUUGGGACGUUUUUUUGCCGUCCCAAGAGGCCUUCUGUUUUGUAGUGUUCCUUUCAGUUGUUAUGUUUUCAGUCGUUCCAUUCUGCUCACUUGUUACAAUCUAUAAAAUACAAGUAGGGCAAGUGAACUCCCAGAUGUAUGUGGCCUUGCACUAAAUGUUUUUUGAAAGUUGCUAGCCAUCAGCAACUUGGUAUGCUUCUCUGUUUGUAUGGCUUAGUUGUGUGUUGGUGAACAGAAGGCUCUCUUGACCCUUGUAGGGUUAUGAGGUUUGUAUUUAUAACAAGUAUUAUGUACAUGAGUCACAUAGAAACCCCGACACAUACGGACCACACAUAGACAUACAAUACUAUCUUACACCCCCCUCAAUCUGUACACGGUGGUAAGCAACGCGAAAGCUUGCUGAUAAACUCUUGGUAAACAUGUCGGCGAUUUGCUGCACAGUAGGUAUAGAACAUAUCUUAAGGAAACCUGCUAAUGAUAUAUCUUAAGGAAACCUGCUAAUGAUUCUUUCUCGUACAAAAUGAUAGUCGAUCUGGAUAUGCUUAGAGCGUGAAUGCUGAAUAGGACUGACAGCAAGAUAGGUAGAAACAGUUGGUUACUUUUUAGAACCCAGGGAGAUUAGAUUUCAACCCAAGUAAAUACAGUGACCAGUAGUAGACCGUGAAGUAUCGGGAUCACCACCCCAAUCAGCGUCAGAAAAGGAUUUAAACUGCAAGGAAGAACUACUCCAAAAGCAUAUACCAUGGCCGAGUGUGCCUUUAAGAUACCGAAGCUUUAACCACUGCAAAAUGUGUACGCGUGGGUCUAUGCAUGAACCGACUUACCUUAUUCACUACAUAAGUAAUGUCGGUAUAAAGUGAGAUAUUGUAAGCCUCGCUUUAUAGUAGUGAGAUAUUGUAAGCCUCAAUGGUCUUGGAGGUUCUCAAAAGAGAAGAAACAACUUUGGAGAAGAAUUAUACAGGAAAAAAUGCACACUAAAUCUGAAGCUAUAUGGGCUAAACAUACUAGUAAACCUCAAGGAAGAGGAAUGUGGGAGAAUAUCCAGAAACAAAGAGAAGUAAUUGAGCAGUUAUCCACAAUCAAAAUCUCAAGGAAAUCAGUGUCUUUUUGGGAAGAUAUUUGGGCUGGAACUCAAACUUUAAAAACAAGAUUCCCCUCUCAUAUAUAAACUAGCUUCAGCAAAAAAUGCUUCUGUCAGGGAUAUGAUCAAAAAUAAUACAUGGGAUAUAAAGCUUAUGAGAAAUCUUCAUCAACCAGAAAUGUCUCAGAUGCUCCAGAUGUUUGAGUUUCUAGGGACUCCACCAACUCUCGAAGAUGAUGAAGAAGACGAACUGAUAUGCACUUCAUCUGGAGGUUUCAACAACAGAACUUGUUAUAAAUGGCUCAUACAACAACUUCCUGCUACACCAAAUGAUGUUCCUUUCUCUUGCAUGUGGAUUCAAUCUGUGCCUCCUAAAGUGCAAUUUUUUAUGUGGACUGCUGUUCAAAACUCCAUUGCAACAACAGAUAAUCUAUUGAGGAGGGGAUGUUAGAUUCAGAAUGUAACGUGCUCUCUCUGUAAUGCACAUUCUGAAUCAGUAAACCACCUGCUACUACAUUGUAAGUAUUCACACAAAGUCUGAAGUUAUUUCUUAGGAGGCUAUAACAUCAAAUGGGUUCAAUCUGGGACUCUGAAAAUGCAGCUACAAGCCUGGAAAAAUAGAAGAGGAAGAAACAGGGGAAGAAAGGUAUGGCCUUUGUUAAUUUUUGCAAUCUCUUGGGCACUAUGGAAUAAAAGGAAUAGCAGGGUUAUGACAACGCAAAGACACAAGAAUGAAACAGAAAUAAUCUUAGAGAUUAAACACCUCAUAUAUGUUUGGGGAGAUAAACAAAAGAUAUUCAAAUUUUUUACUUUCCGGGACUUAAUCACUCAUUGGAAAGUGGUUUUGGACGGUAGAUAAUUUGCAUCUUUGUAAAUAUUUUGGGGGCUCAGUUAACUGGGCUUUUUACCUUUUUCUUAAUACAUCAAUCUUUUAAAGUCAAAAAAAA